GCGUCAAAAGCGUUAAUGGAUUUUUGUAAAUCAAUAGAACGUCGUCGACUAUAUAAGGAAAAGGUUCUGAAAGAAAUGUUAUCACAAUUGGAUUGGCAGUAUUCGGAAAAGUCAAAUAUAUCUAGACGAUUAUUUUUAGAUACCUUCGAGAGUUUCAAGUUUAUAUUCAGAGUGUUAUUUAAGGAUUGGAUCGAAAUGAAAAUAACGUUAAUUGUACUCUUUGCACUGGUAUGCAUCUUAACUAGGGCAUUGGGUUAUCCCCAGAGCUAUACAAUUGAUCGGUUUGAUAGAAAUUAUGGCGGCGGAUUCGAUGACUCACAUCAGGUUGAUGAUUACAGAAAUAGCCGACUUAGAAGAACUUACUAUGGUGGACCUGGCGAUGACUACCACCGUGGCUACUAUUCAUCAUAUCAACCCUACAACAGAGCACCAGUUCCUCUACGCAGAGAGGAUACCAAUAUCGAUAGGGCAUUGAAGUUCACUCCACUUGUUCGGUAUAAGUCAACAAGGACCAAGCGCAAGAAGUUGUUUGUACCAAAUCUUUGGGGUUAAGAGUGGAAUAAGGCUUCCAAAAGAUAAGACGAAAAAAAAAGGAGGCGAAAUCUAUGAGAGGAUAGACUGAUGUAUGAGAUAGAUCAAAACAGUUAUUGUUGUUGAAAGUAUAGUACCUAUUAUAAGUUUGAACCUGAUGUGUACCUAAUCUAUUUUUAAAUACCAUUUUUUAGUGUGUUCUAAAAUAUUUACAUAUUCUACUAUUAUUCUGAUUCCCAAUAAAAAUAAUUCAAAAAUUAUAA